AUGACGAGAAAACUCCAACUAGCCCUGCUUUCAAUCGUACUCGUGGUGCUUAUUAGCGCAAUUGCUGCAGCAGAAGCGAUUCAUGAAAAACGUCAUGUGGGUAAUAAUUUAUCGACUCGAAGGCUGGUAAAACGAAAGCCAUCUGCGUCAGUAGUGCGAAUGACAGGCGGGAGGGCCGCCCAGCAGCUCAGAAGGUUCGGAAAAGCUACCGAGACGGCACCGUCGAAAGAACCUCAAGUUGAAGGAACCGGGAAAGCGGAAGCCCAGAGGAAUGCUUAUUGGACGAACAAAUCAGUCCUUGGCUCGGAUGAGACAAAGCCAGGUAGCCUGCCGCUCUAUAAACCAACAGCCGAACAGAGGAGUGCAUACAUCCCAAAUAAUCAUGCUUUGUAG